CUUUAUUUGUAAAAGAAAAGAGAAGAAAAACUAAAGCUUAUUUUUAUUUUUGUUUUUAUUUUUGUUUUUAAACAAGAUGCAAUAAUUCUUUUUAUGAAAUUUUUUUUUUUUUAUUCAUGUUCCGGUCAACAAAACCAUUUUACUGUUUAUUUUCCAAAGUUGGCAAAAGGUUUAUUAGGAUGAACGGCAAGACGUAUGGUGUAGCUAAGAAUGGAGUUACGAUGAAGAUAGAAUUGACUAAAAAGGAAGCUAAAAUUUGUCAAGCCCUUAAGGGCGUUUCUACUCUUAUUGCAAAUGAAAGACCUGAAAUGCCUCUAAUUGAAUCUAGAAUUGCUGGUGGUUGGGUUCGUGACAAGGUAAAUAAAAGAAAAGAAAGAAAAAAGAGUAGUAACAUUAUAUGCAUUGUUCAUUCUUCUUAUUUGAAACACACACACACAUAUAUAUAUAUAUACAGUUACUUGGAAAUGAAUGUCAUGAUCUCGAUAUUGCCAUCAACGAUAUGAUGGGUUAUGAAUUCGCUACAUAUGUUAAUAAAUACCUUGAAAGUCAAGGUGUACCUACAAAAUCAAUUGCAAAGAUCGAAAGUAAUCCUGAUAAAUCAAAACAUUUAGAGACAGCUACAACUAGAAUAUUUAAUCAAGAAGUUGAUUUUUGUAAUUUGCGCACAGAGAUCUAUGAAGAAGGCAGUCGUAUUCCUACACAAAUUACAUUUGGCACACCUGAAGAAGAUGCAUAUAGACGUGAUAUUACAAUUAAUAGUUUGUUUUAUAAUGUUAAUACACGUAGUGUUGAAGAUUUUACAGGGAAGGGUAUUCCUGACUUAAUUAAUGGUUUGAUUCGUACACCUCUUGAGCCAUUUGAGACUUUCCGUGACGAUCCACUUCGUGUUAUUCGUUGUAUUCGUUUCUCAAGUCGUUUUAAUUUUGAGAUGGUACCAGAAUUAUGUAAAGCAGCCAAACACACUGAAAUUAAAAAUGCAUUGAUUAAUAAAAUCAGCAGAGAACGUAUUGGCAUUGAAUUCGACAAGAUGAUUAAGGGACCCCAUCCUUUGUUAUCUCUUCAACUUAUUCACCAGUUAGAACUUUAUCCUAUCAUCAUGGCUCCUCCUGAAAAUAUCAAAAGUGGCACUAUUGAUAACCCUAUUGUGGCCGUGAAAGCAGUUGGUAUUGUUCAAUGGUUAUUUUUAAAUAAUCAUCCAUAUUAUAGACAUUUGAUGCCUGUAUCAGAGAACGAAAGAAGAACACUUGUUUUAGCAGCAAGUGUUUUGCCUUAUUUAAAUGUGGUUUCUGAAGUCAAAAAGAAAGAAAUUCCUACUGUUCAAUUAGUUUUACGUGAUUCAAUCAAGACCACAAAUGCUGAUAUGAACACUGUCUCAACUAUUUUCCGUGGUCUGAAAGGAAUUCAAGAUUUAGCUAAUAACAAUAAAAAAGAAACUGUGAAAAGAUCUGAGUUAGGUAUGCUAAUUCGAGAUUUAGGCGCUUUAUGGCAAACUGCUGUCAAGCUGGCCAUUGUUAAAGAAUGCCUAGAUACUUAUCCUGAAGUUGCAUGGACACAUCUCAAGGAGGUUCAUUUAGAGACAGGCAAAGAAAUUUGUGAAAAAUACAAUGCAUUAAUUGAACAAGCAAAUCAAUAUGGUAUCAGUGAAUGCUAUACUUGGAAACAUAUUGUGGAUGGUAAAACAGCAGCACACAUAGUUGGGGUAAAACCUGGGCCAGUUGUAAGUGAAUUAUUAACGGUACAAAUGAAAUGGCAAUUAGAACAUCCUGAAGGAACAAAAGAAGAAUGUGAACAAGCCAUCAAAGCAUAUUGGGAAAAUAAAUAAAUAAAUAAACAAAUAUAUACAUUUUUA